AACAAUUGUGUAGUUGAAUUUAUAAAACGGUUAAAAUAGAAAAAUCUAUUCCUAAUUUUACCGAGCAUCAAUCUCAUCCAUCUGAAAUAUAAUUAAGCUUUAAAUCUCUAACAAAAUCAAAAAAUUUUAGAAAAAUCUCGACCAAUAUAAAUUUCCAACCACUUUAGAGAAUUAUCAAUUGAGAAGGUUAGUAUAUACCAUAUAUACAUAAUAGAAGAAACUUUACAAAAUGGCAAGUCAAACAGUUGAAAAGAAACCAAUCAAUUUCUCUACUAUCUUAUUAGGAGCUGGAUUAAAUAUGGCUGAAGUAACAACUUUAGGUCAACCAUUAGAAGUCACUAAGACUACUAUGGCAGCUAAUCGUUCCCUUAGUAUGUUUCAAGCUAUUAAAGUUGUUUGGUCUCGUGGAGGUGUUUUUGGAUUUUAUCAAGGUUUAAUUCCAUGGGCUUGGAUUGAAGCUUCAACUAAAGGUGCUGUGUUAUUAUUUGUAUCAAAUGAAGCACAACAUCAUUUAAAAACUCUUGGAGCUUCUAAUUUUGUAUCUGGAAUGGGAGGUGGUGUUGCUGGUGGUUUAGCUCAAGCUUAUCUUACUAUGGGUUUCUGUACUUGUAUGAAAACAGUUGAAAUCACAAGACAUAAGCAAGCUUCAUCUGGUGCUCCAACUCAAACUAGUUGGCAAGUAUUUAGAGCCAUUUAUGCAAAAGAAGGUAUAAGAGGUAUCAAUAAAGGUGUUAAUGCAGUUGCAAUUAGACAGAUGACUAAUUGGGGAUCAAGAUUUGGAUUCUCAAGAUUAGCUGAAGAAGGUGUUCGUAAAUUCAGAGGUAAAUCUGAUAAAGAAAAAUUAUCAGCUCUUGAUAAAGUUAUUGGUUCAAUUAUUGGUGGUGGAUUAUCAGCUUGGAAUCAACCAAUUGAAGUUAUUAGAGUUGAAAUGCAAUCUAAAACUGAUGAUCCAAAUAGACCAAAGAAAUUAGGAGUUGGAAGUGCUGCUGCUUAUAUUUAUAAAAAUAAUGGUAUUAAAGGUUUAUAUAGAGGUGUUACUCCAAGAAUUGGUUUAGGAGUUUGGCAAACUGUUUUUAUGGUUGCUUUCGGUGAUAUCUUUAAGAGAAUGUUGAAACUUGAUGGUAGUUCUGGUCAUUAAAUUACCUCUAUUAUAUUUAUACUAAUUUCAUUUUCAUAUUCAAUUCAAUACUUAACUUUUAAUAUACUCCGCUAUUA